AUGAGAAGGACGAGAAGGAUAAAAGAGAAGGAUGAGAAGGACAAGAAGGAUGGGUCUACUAAUAAGACGGGCACAGUAGGUGAUGAUGGAUUAGGGGACGAGCCUGCGACAAUUGAAGCCGGAUCGGACAGUUUCAGUUUAUCGACAAACGAGACAGGUCCUGUACAAAGUGAGUCCAAGGUGGACACUACCAAGGACAAUGUAGUGUCUACUAUCUCAAAUUCAUCGGCAUCAACAAACUUAACAUCUCCUGUUACAAAGACUUCAGCGUCGACUGCAAAGACACCAGCGUCUAGUCCAACAACAUCAACGUCUAUUGCAAAGACAUCAGUGACUCCUGCUCCUCCUCCUGCUUCUAAUACACCAGUAGAUUUACCCGAGACGACAGCAAUUUCUACAACUGCUGAUAAUGAUAGUCAAGUUGCAUCAAGUACGGGAUCCGUUGCAGGAACCAUUGAGCUUUUUCCAUCAGCAAUUACUUCUACGACAAUAGCACCGCCUAAUGGAACAGAUGUGGUGCAUGGGACCAAAACUCCAUUGUUGACUCCUAGGGUGCCAAAUACAUCGACGUCCACUUCAACACUGGUAUCGCCAAUACAGAUGGAUUUGCCGUCUACAAGUGGGUCUGGUGAUGUCGUAGACGAGGUAGGACCGUUGGAACCCACGACAAUUGAGUUUAGCUGUGACUCAACCUUUUAUAGUGCGUGGAAUAUGAUGGGAUUGACGUGUGAAGGCGCUGAAUUAGAUAUUGCGUCCGCUGUAUCGUCCGCCGAGUGUUUAAUAUACUCGGGGACGUCGUCUGGAACGGAAAUUUUGGACUUGGCGACUUGUAUGUCAAUUUGCCGUUUUCCGGCGUGUAAUAACGGCAUGUGGGACUACUCGUCCGAUGAUGGGAUUAAUUCGGCGAUUUACGCGAGCUUGGAUCUCAUUAAGCUCAUGAGUUUUGCUGGACAACGGGCGGCAGAAGCUGCUGCUGAAAGUGUUCAACAACCCUUUUCAAACCUCACGUUUGCCGCUACGACGGAGUGUGACUACACUAACGAUGAGUCAUUUAGUACGUGCCAAUGUACUGGUAUGAUUAGCUUGGCGCCUUCGCCUGAAGCGCCUGAUACGUCGACGAAUCCAGGCGUGAGGUAUGCGGUGCCUGCCAAUAAAGGCCUGGCAGACUCCCACCACUGGCCUGAUGGUGCCAAGAAGAAGACAGUGGACAAGGCUGGCAUCGCAUCAACGACCAUUGGUGGCGGAGCUGCUACGGUCUCUAUUGUUGCUGGGGGUGUCAUGUCAAUAGCCAGUGGCAUCGUCGGUGGAACUUCUGCUAGUGUGGUUUCGAGUGUGUCAGCAGCUGCCAGCGUGGGUAUUACUAUGGCUGCUGUGGAUAUUUGUCAGUUUUCAGUCAUGCUCAAUCAGAUGAACGUUGACGCUCGUCCGCGUUUUAUGGAGGAUAUGGGUAGAAAGAUGGCUCCGGCUACAUUUAAUUUCCUGCCAUUUGGCAAGGUUGAAGCAGUGUCAUCCUAUAACGUGAGCUCGACCAAUGUAACCUCUGCAAGGCCCACUGGCAGUUCGCGUCGUUUGGUGAAUGCAAAUGGCAGCUCUGGCUCGGCAGCCGGUGCUGCUCAAACGGGUGUCCAGGGAAUGGAGAAGUAUGCGGCCCUCAUUGGAGUGAGACCUGACAUGUUAUUCUACCUGGCUGUGGCAGGUAUAGCCUGCAUGGUAGGCUUCAUCUUUGGGCUGUAUGCGACAGCAAUGGGUGUGUGUUACUUUAUAGUGAAGGAUUUUCCAACAUUUAGCUGCAAGUGGCUUGAUAAAGCUAUCGGCGUGCUCAUGAUGAUUUUGAUUUUGUCCGAGUAUGUGGUUGGUGCUACGGCAAUGUACCAAAUCUGCUACUGCAUUGACCACGCUUCGUUGGACGUGAGCUUUCUUUUGGCAAUUACCACGCUGCUGGUUUUGGCUUUCGGCACCAUUCUUUACGGCGUUAUCGUGAUAAAGAACAACGAAGACGAGCUGCGUGACUUGGGUACGAAGGACCAUUUUGACAAGAAAUUCCACAACCGUUAUGGACCGCUGUACGAUGAGCAUAGCUUUGAGGGCCGCUUCUUCUUUGCGCCUAAGCUUCUUUUGGCGCUGCUGUGCGGCAUGACAACGGGCAUGGUCUGGAUUCAGGGCCUCUGGCAGAUUAUCGUACUCAUUGCACUCCAUAUCGUGUUCCUUCUGUACUUGGAGAUCAAGCAGCCGUACCCGACAGCUUUUGUGCAGAAGACAUCAAGUUUUGUGAUUAUCAUCAAGAUCUCGGCUCUUUUUCUGAGUUUUUUUCUUUUGUCGAGCGCCACGAGCUUUACGCAGAGCAUCCCAGACGACCUCCGUGAGGGUGUGGCUUUUGCCAUUGUGGGCUUGCAAGUGCUGGUGUUGGUGUGCCUUAUGAUACGUCAGGUGUACAUCUUCUACCGCACGUGGAAGCUUAAGCGUGACGGUGUGUCGGCAAACAGCAAGACGGCUACAGUGCAGACGACAAACGCCCGCGAGGGCUCUGAGGCUUUUUUCGCUCUGGGUGGCGAGCCACAGUACUACAAUAACCACACGCACCAGGUCCGCGGCAACUCUUUGGCUGUGUUAGGUGACGCGACCCCGAAAAUGCAAGACGCUCGCCACUGCACGCAGGAGACCCCUUCUAAAGCUGACUACAAUUACGGUACCCAUUUUCGUGGACCUCAGCCCCAGCAGGGUAGCAGCAACUUUGGCAUGCAGCGCAACCACGGUGUCAUGCAGCAUAAUAAUCACCGCCGCAUCAAUGAAGUCGACCUGUAG